AUUUUCCCAAAAUGAUAUUUUCCCUUAACGAGUUGGUGCAUUGGUUGGGUCUGACCAUUUUUGAAAUCUGGAUUAAUUUAAUAUCGUUAACCAUUUUCACAAUUUUACUCGCCAUGAAACUUGACAGCAAUUACUUCUCCAGUAGUGGAGGGUGGUGGAUGGUAUUUUCCCCAUUGUUUGUUGCUGAUGGUUUAAACACGUAUUUUUGUGCAAUAAUUUUCAUAAGAAUGCAAAUGGAUGGCAUCAUGAAAGGUGCUAUACUUAGAGCUCUCUGGAGCUUGACUUUCCUUCUUCUAGUUUUCGUUUUCAAAUACCUACUCUGCAAAAAAUUAUCUGGACAAAGCAGUCUUGAAUAUUCGGAAGUCUUGAGUCCUGUUUUUAUACUUCUACAACUUAUCGCUGUAAGAGCUUGUCAGCUUCACUGACCCAGGGACUUGGAUAGUAACGAUCCAGUUAUCGAGCUUUCUAUGCAGCAAUCUUCCAUAUAUGUUGCCACUGAACUGAUGUAUACAAUACGUUGAACUGAUUUACAUGUUGCCGAGUAUUUCAUCAGGAUCAGAAGCUCUGGUUUAUAUAUGUACAUAUAUGAUCAUUCUAUCUGUUCAGAGGUUUCAAGAUUCAAACAAUUUUUCCAUCAAUAAUUGGGAGCAAAAUUAAUACGAUUGGCCUUGAAGCCAUUUCAAUAUUCAAUUCAAAUGCUAUCAUUUUGAAAUAAUCCUGCUUUCAUGUAAAUAUAUUUAUAGUUAUUAUGAAUAAUAUUGAUGCUACUAGAAUGAUGUUAUUUUUUUAUAAGUACUCAAAUUUCACAUGCCAUCAAUAAUCACGAAGUUGGUGAUUGUGACAGAUUUGACAAAAGUUAAAGAAAUAUGCAUUACACUUAUGUUGAACUGUUGUUACAUAAUUAGUUGUAUAACUGUGAGUUGUGACCUAAUACAUCAAAUAAUAUAUAAAUAUAGUACAGUGUAAAUUAAAUUAGGGUGAUUCUACUUUGCCUAGGUUUUAUACCGUCAAUUACCUAAUAUGUAACUAUAGCAGAAGCUGUACAAAAAGCUGUGGAUAUGGAAUUCUGAUGAGAAUAGAUUUGUAAAUACAACAAAUAAAAUUAACGUAACUAUUUCAUAA